GGAUUGAAGCUAGUGUGAAGACUAUCAAAUUGCAAUCUAGUACAACAGGAACAAUUAACGUAACAGAUGUGCAAACUAUUCCAGCACAACGUUAUGUUGAAAAGGUCUUAAUAUUACUGACAUGGAUAUUUGGUAGAGCGGAGUUGAAUUCAGAGAAACUUCCUAACGAUGGUCUAUUAGUAAGCGAAAGCACUCUUUGUUACCAGCAGGAGCUUCCAACUUAUUUGGAUCUAAUUCUGAUGCGAAAGCUUGCCCAUGUUCAUGUUACUGCAGUAUACAUUAUGUUUAAUUUUGUGGAUAGUUUUAGUGGUUAUCGGGCAGAUGGUAUUGGAAAUUUGGCUUUAUUACAACAAUGA